AUGUCUUACCACAACAACUCGUACAACGGCGGCUAUCAGCAAGGAGGUGGAGGAUACGCCCAGAACAACUAUAACCAGCCCCAGCACCACCAAGAGGCUGAAUACGACGACUAUUACACGCAACCAAAUGCAUCCACCCAGUGGGACUCGAGAUCGACAAAGUCGAGCAACACCGUCCACUCAAACUACUCGUCCCACCCUAUCAACAAGCCCUACGCGGAGCAACCGCCCAUGCCAGCCCCCUACCAGCCAAAUCCCGUAGUCGACUAUCCUCCUACGACCAGAGUCCAAUUUCCUGGAGGGUUUGGUGGCCCACAGCGCACACUGACCGAGAGCUCCGGAUUCUCAUCGGCACGGGACAAGCUCAUGAAGCGCAGAUCCAUUCGCCAGGUGCCCCUCCAGAAUGGCAACCUCGUCUUUGAUGUCCAAGUUCCGUCUCAUAUCGUUACUUCCUCCGAGAAGAGCGAAGAGUUUACCAAAAUGAGGUAUACUGCCUGCACUUGCGAUCCAGACGAUUUCGUCAAGCAAAAGUAUUCGCUCCGACCAUAUCUCUAUGGCCGUCACACAGAACUCUUCAUCGUCCUCACCAUGUACAACGAGGACGAAGUCUUGUUCGUUCGAACCAUGAACGCCGUCAUCAAGAAUAUCGCUUUCCUCUGUGGACGCACCCGCUCCAAGAUGUGGGGUCCCGACGGAUGGAAAAAGGUCGUCGUUUGUGUCGUUUCCGACGGUCGGAGCAAGAUCAACCAGCGCACACUCAAGGUUCUCAACCUCAUGGGCUGCUACCAAGAGGGGAUUGCCAAGGACUCUGUCGGUGGCAAAGACGUGACGGCCCACAUCUUUGAGUAUACGUCUCAGGUCGUCGUCUCGGAUACUGGAGAGGUCUCGACGGGUGCCUGCCCGGUUCAGGUCAUCUUCUGCCUCAAGGAGCAGAACAAGAAGAAGCUCAACAGCCACCGAUGGUUCUUCAACGCCUUUGGCCCCUUGAUCAAGCCCAACGUCUGCGUCUUGUUGGACGUCGGCACAAAGCCGACCGGAACCUCAAUCUACGAGCUCUGGAAGUGCUUUGAUUCUCACGCCAACGUCGGUGGUGCCUGCGGAGAAAUUUGCGUCGACACUGGCAAGGGCUGCUCCCUUUUGCUCACAAGUCCCCUCGCUGCCUCGCAAAACUUUGAGUACAAGAUGUCCAACAUUCUCGACAAGCCAUUGGAGAGUGUCUUUGGUUACAUCUCCGUGCUUCCAGGAGCCUUUAGUGCCUAUCGCUACAAGGCGCUCCUCAAUGGGCCCAACGGUAAAGGUCCCCUUGCUUCAUACUUCAAGGGUGAGGCCAUGCAUGGUGAUGGUGCACAUGGCGCCGGCCUCUUCGAACGUAACAUGUACCUCGCCGAGGAUCGAAUUCUUUGCUUCGAGAUUGUCACCAAGAAGAAGGAGGGCUGGGUUCUCCGUUAUGUCAAGUCUGCCAAAGCAGCCACGGACGUGCCUACGACUAUUGCCGAGUUCAUCUCCCAGCGUCGUCGAUGGCUCAACGGCUCCCUCUUUGCCGCUCUUCAUGCUACCGUCUACAUGUUGCGCAUUUGGACUUCUGGUCAAGGCUUCUUCCGCAAGAUUGUUCUCCAGUUCGAGUUUAUCUACAACGCGGUCCAGCUUCUCUUCACCUGGACGUCCCUGGCCAACUUCUAUCUCGCUUUCUUCUUCCUGGUCAAAUCGGCGACCUCUUCAGACCAAGGCGCCUUUAGCUUCAUGGGUGUCAACGGCAUUGGCACGACCAUCUUCGAUAUUCUCCUCAGGCUCUAUAUUGCCGUUCUCUUCGUCGUCGUGGUUUGCUCGCUCGGAAACCGACCACAAGGAUCCAAGUAUACCUAUGGCACAUCGAUGAUUCUCUUUGGUAUCUGCAACGUCAUUGGUCUUUGGUGCGCAGGCUACACGGUCUAUAUGGCAGCGCCAAAGACGGCUGCGGAGUGGCAGCAAUUUGGCCAUCUCGUUGCGACCAACUCGGCAUUCCGUGACAUUGUCAUCUCGCUUGCGGCUACUUAUGGGCUCUACUUCUUUAGCUCGUUCCUUCAUUUCGAGCCCUGGCACAUGUUUACGUCGUUCAUCCAGUAUAUGUUCUUGCUGCCAUCUUACGUUAACAUUCUCAUGAUGUACGCCAUGUGCAACCUUCACGACGUUUCUUGGGGUACCAAGGGAGACAACGGCGCAGCCAAGGAUCUGGGAGGAGCCAAGAAGACUUCGAACAAGGACGGUCAAGACGUUUACGAAGUCGAACUGCCCACUGCCCGUGAAGAUGUCGACUCGGUGUGGGCUGCAAGCCGCGCUGCUCUGCGCAACAAGCCUCCGGAGGAGAAGCAACACCGUGACGCCGCCACCAAGCAGGCCGAUCACGAUCGUAACAGCCGUACCAACACCGUUUUGGCGUGGGUCGGAACGAAUAUGCUCAUGAUUCUCGUGUUCACGUCACAAAACUUCCAAACCUGGGCAGCCAAGUUUGGAAACGGCUCGUUCAACCCGUACCUCUCCUUCCUCUUCUACGCCCUUGCUGGUCUGUCAGCCAUCCGAUUCUUUGGAUCUACGCUCUACUUGAUCCUGAGACUAUGCGGGCUCUGA